GCACAGAGGUGAGAAAGGACAGAGCUGAAACACGAACAGCACAUAUGUGAAUCCCCUGCUUUCAUUUGAGAUUAAACCCGUGACCAGGAAACGUGGUUACCCGCUUCCGGACAAAUGACAAAGCAAAGCACAGGCCUUACUCCAGUCUUUGCCUCUCAUUACACUUCCGGCGGUGAAAGAAAGAACCUUAGGAGGGAAACAGAAGAGUGCUUGUGUGUGUGUGAACAGUUACACACAGGAAUUCAGUAGUGACUCUGUCUGUGCCUAACGACGUUUAAAAGUACAACACAGAACGGCGAACAGGAAUGGCCGUGUGUUCCAAUGUUCACUUGUUCUGUCUGAUGGUGACGUUGUUGGCCCUGACGCAUGCGUGUGAUGGUUCCGAACUCCUGCAAGACCCCCGCUCAUUCUACGAUUGAACUUUAGAGAAAUUGGAUCCAGAAGAUAUGAUAUCCAUGCACACACUAAGCGAAUGCUCGAAAAUUAAACAGAAUGCAUCUUAUUUCAGCGACUCCGAAAAGAAAGGUCCGAAUUAUAUACGGUUAGUAAUCUUGGAACAAUUCAGCACGGACAGCACCCUUAAGUCGUGGUACUGGGUAAGAGAAUGGGUGAAACUUUGUUCGAAAAUAUUCGGUGAUGAUCAAAUUACCACUCGUCCAAGUUUCACUGAUAAGAACUACACAACAUUACUCAACUACCUGGCAGGCAGUGAAUAUGGUUAUAACAUUGAUCUCGAAAUAUUCAACGAACAAUUGACAGAAAUUGUUGCUUCUACAAAAAUAUAUGAAGAUUUCUUAGCUAUUCAACGCCGUUCAUUAAAUUAUAUCAUGAAGAAGAGAGAAAAUAUUGUCUGCAAUUCUCGUUUGAAAUGUGAAUGCAUUUCUCCUGACUGCACAGUGAUUCUUAAUGAGGUAUAUUCGAGAUUACUCGAAACGAUUUCAAGAUUAAAAUCAACUUACUUAUUUAGACGGUACGUAGAACCAAUUGUAACACUGGUUAUAUUCUGUCUAGGUGUGUUAUGGGACGGUACCCUUCUUUUCAUAUUUUUUAAGCAUAAAGAAGUAAGAAGAACAUAUAACGCCAUGUUGAUCAACAUUGCUGUCAGUGAUAUGCUAGGACUUGUUAUCAUUCUCCCUAUUCAGUACGCUUUAUACAAUUAUCAUAACGAGGAAGAUAUAUUUAUUUUAAAAUUAUUUAUUUUAAUGGUAAGUCAGACAGUGCUUAUAUUCGUCAGUGCUUUCUCAAUUCUUGCUCUGAGUGCCCAGCGCUAUUUUGCAGUCACCAGAUCUCUGCAGAAUUUGGCUUCGCAGCCAUAUGUCCAAAAACGCUUUCACGUAGCACUGUGUAUCAUACUUGUGUGGGGGACUGCUGUAGGCAUUACGCUGGGGUUAGGGUUCCUAUUAACUAGCGCUUCUGAUGAUCGCAAGAAGUUACAAGCAAUUGUUAUUGGAAUCACCAUUGUGUUCUUACUGGCAGCAGUAGUACUUCCGCUAAGUGUCACAGUCUUGAACGCACGAACUGCGGAGAAGUUGAAGCAAAGUGCCAAAGAGAUACCUGGAAUUGGGGGUAAGAGUGUUCUGCUGAGAUCCAGGUACAGGAGUUCCAGAGUGGUAGCAGGCCUCUCGGUCGCGUUCUGGUUUACACACAGCCCUUUGUUUGUUUGGAUGUUCGUAAUGAUUUCGCAUGGUCAAAGCUUCCCAAGAUACGUUCCCAGUGUUAUCUAUCACCUGUUCUUCUCAAAUGCGUUUCUCAAUCCAGUAUCAUUAUACAUAACAAGUCGUACAUUUAGGAAAUUUUUCAAAAAAUAUAUAUUCAGAUGUUGGUACAAUGAACCUAAAUGAGGUCAAAGACAUUAAAAUGAGGAAAAUUAUAUGAGUUCGAAAAUUCUGGCAAUAUUAAAACGGAUCUUAGAGACAUAGGAUGGGAUGGUAUGGUUUGGAUUGAUCUGGUUCAGGACAGGGACCAG